AAAAAAAAAAAACCACUGCGUUUGAGUAAACAGUGGAUGAACUCGUGCCAUUCCGUGUCCGUGAACGGUUUUUUUUUUUCGACGCGCGAGAAGAAGACUGUGAGCGGUGCGUGACGGGGCUCGCGCGCGCGGAGACUGACACGUUGGCGCGAGAGCGGCGGCGGGCGACGGCGCUCGGUGCCGUGACGUCAGCAGCGCUCUUAAUGAUGCAAGGCAGGAGGGCGCGAGGCUGCUGAGACCCCCGCUCACUCAGCGCUCCUCCGCCAGCAGCCGCGCAGCCCAGCGACCACCGCACCGCGCAGAGCAAGAUGACAAGCAGGAGGUAAAAGUUUGCCGGCUCAGAGCGCGCGCUCGUGGAGACGCCGGGACGAGCGAUGUGGGUUCAUCUCGGAGCCUGGCGCGUCUCUACGGUGUCCAUCAAGAAGCACGCGAUUCGAGUUACACCGAUGGCGGCAUGCAUGUAGACUGCAAUGUCCUUACAAGACUCUUAGGAGAGAUGCAGGGAAUCUGGAGCUUUGGGACCGUGUAGGACACGAAUAGUCGGUGAAGAAAGGUGAAAUCAACCAACAAUUAUAAAAAAAAUAAAAAAGGAUGGGCCAUCCUGCUCCUUGGGCCAUCCUGCUCCUUCUGAUUUAUCUGGACGGGUUGAGUGUGCUGUGCACGUCGACGGCAAAGCGCACGAAAGUGGCACCGCGGCGCACCGCCAAGCCCAAGGAGCUGAACGGCACCGCACCCGCGCCCGCACCCGCGCCCGUUCCCGUUCCCGUUUCCGCGGCGGGACAGAGCCACGACACGUGCCUGGGCUACUACGACGUGAGCGGCCAGUUCGACCGCGAGUUCGAGUGCAACAACACGGACCACCGCUACUGCUGUGGCUCCUGCUACCUGCGCUUCUGCUGCCAGUUCCGCGGGAACCGGCUGGAGCAGCGCACCUGCAAGAACUACAACAAGCCCGACUGGGUGAAAACCGCGGCGCCGUCGCCCGCGCCGACCAGCGAGCCCUACGACCCGAGCGCCGACCAGACCAACACGGCGGUGUACAUCACGUGCGGCGUCAUCACGUUCGUCAUCGCGCUCGGCGUCUCGGCGAAGGUCGCCUACGACAAGGCCACGAGGCCGCCUCAGGAAAUGAACAUACACAGAGCCCUAGCAGAUAUUUUGAGGCAGCAAGGACCCAUUCCCAUCUCCCAGUAUGACUGUGAAAACUUUGCGGCAAUGAACAGCUCAUCCAAAGACGACACUCCGCAGCGGACAGGCUCCAAAAACCACUACACUCCUGUUCACACGUCCAAAUCCAAUCACGGUGGCCACUAUUCAAAGGAGAGUGGCCGCGGCGGAGGACACGACCUUCACAACUUCAUCUCGUCCGGCUUCGUGACCCUGGGGAGAGGCCAUGCCAAAGGAGAAAGGCAGUGGCCGAUGCGCUCUCAGAGUCACCAUGGCACACACCAACACAACUACAACCAUGUGGGUCUCAGUAGUCCUACUCGAACUCCUAAACAUGAGAGCACGCGAAUGAACAGCAUCCUCACGUCGCAGACGGAGCCGUACGAUCUGUCCUUCUCCCGCUCCUUCCAGAGCCUCUCGCACCUGCCUCCAUCCUACGAAUCUGCCAUGAAGGCUGACCUCAACAAGUACUCCUCGCUCAAAAGACUGACCGACAAGGACGUUGACGAAUACUACACCCGGAAGAGGCACCUUCCUGACCUGGCAGCACGCGGCACCCUUCCCCUACACAUGAUCAAGAUAAGCCAGGAUUCCCAGAGCAGCCAACAAGCUCAGCAGCAGCAGCAGCAGCAGUCGUCACGCCAGCGUCCUCGCCGUGUACAGAGAGCCAUGUCUCAAGACCGUGUGCUGUCUCCCGAGCGUGGCUAUGCUCAGGACUACACCGUUUCUGCCUACCCCACGUCCCCGUACGGCGAGCGCAUCCUAUCGGAUGAGCAGCUGCUAUCCGCCGAGCGCCUGCGCUCCCAUGAGCGCCUCGUCCCCCAAGACCGGCUGCACUCGCAGGACCGGCACUACUCGCAGGAGCGCGUUUACUCGCACGAGCGUCUGCAUUCUCAUGAACGCAUGCACUCACAAGAGCGCCUCUACUCCCAGGACAGGCUACGCUCGCAGGACCCGCUGCUCUCUCCCGAUAAGACGAUGUCAUCAAAACGCGGCAGCUUUCAUGGCGACAAGUCAAUCUCCCGAGCCAUAUCGCACACGGACGUGUUCGUGCCAACCACGCCGCUCAUGGACCGCUACAAGAUGACCAAAAUGCACUCGCAUCCCAGUGCCUCGAACAACAGCGGCCCUCCCGCGGUGCACAACACGCUGACCAAGAGCCAACCCACCUCCAAGAGACAGGCGUUCGCCUCGCGCCGCACGCAGACCGUGGAACAGCUGCACUAUGUCCCGCAGGCGGCACAGCAGCAGCAUCACCACCACUACCGUACAGGCAGUAAGACCGAAGUGACUGUUUAACCCUAAACGAUUUCAAUCUCGGACCUCAGCUACCCUAUCAGGAACUUACAGACACAAUGUCCUCAUCUAGACUAUACUCGAUUCCGCAUAUACUCUCCACUCAGACAAGACAUCCUUCUCUGUGUGCGUACGCCAUCGUUUUUGUGUGUUUGUAGAUCACCGAUAAAGGACGGACCAGAAAGUUGUCAGAAACCAUUCCUCCAGUUCUUAAGGGCUGUGCCGGAAAAAAAAAUAAAAACGUGCAGAGACUUUUAGCAGAACAGCAGAAGGUGUAAAUGAAAGCGCUGGCUGGUGCGAAAUGUGUAAUGGAAUUAUAUAACUUUAUAAAUAUAUAAAUACACAUACUGUUUGUACUUCAAGUCCUAGUCAUAGCUUUAGAAGUUCUUAAACAAAACCGAUGUUAGCACUUCUCUUAGUGCCUCUAUGGAACUGUUCCAUUUCAUCAACGAAGUGGUUUUGUGGGUUAAAAAGCACAA